AGCCUCUGCGUUUGUAAUGCGCGAGUGUGUGCGAUAAGGAGGUGGGGGCGAGAGACCCCGUUGUGUUUUGACCCCCUAAACAACUCAGUCUCCAUCUCCCUCUCUCUCUCUCUCUCCGGUUUAAAGCUCCAUCGUUCAUUGUGGAGAGACGCAUUUCGCUUCAUGGACGUCGAUAGAGCGGAAAGGACGCGACAUUAUCUCAAACGCACCGCUAAUGCUGGAUACUCGGCCCGGUCCAAGCUUCUGCUGCUACAUUCUUAUUAAGUUCUUGUAGAGAGUGUGUCUUAUCAGCCGCUCUGGUGUGUGUUGUCAUCCGUCAGUGAGUGUGUGAGCUCGGCUUCCGUAUCGCAUGGAGAAGAGGUAUGAGGAGUUGUUGCAGUACCCAGGCUCUGACGCCAUGCCUGUGGGAGACUACAGGGACGCCAUGAGGUCACUUCCUCCGCCACACUAUGGUCACACUGUGCCUGACUCCCUGAAACACCACCGGGACCAGAUCUAUGGUCAUCCUCUGUUUCCACUCCUGGCUCUGGUAUUUGAGAAGUGUGAACUUGCCACCUGCUCACCACGAGACUCGAUGUCAAACUCCGCCCAUCUCCCCGGCAUGACCAAUCACAGCGACGUCUGCUCCUCUGACUCCUUCAAUGAUGAUAUCGCGGCCUUUGCUAAACAAGUGAGAAACCAAGCCAUUCACAUUGUUCAUGACCUCUGUGAUAAUUUCUGCCAUCGGUACAUCACCUGUCUUAAAGGCAAGAUGCCCACUGAUUUGGUGCUGGAGGACCGGGAGGGUGGAUCCAAAUCUGACAUGGAAGAUUUCACUGGCUCUUGCACCAAUCUGUCAGAACAAAAUCAGUCUUGGUUGCGAGAUCCAGAUGACUGUGUGUCGACCCCCUCGGGCACCCCCAGUGCCUCCUGUGGCCUCACCUCACACAGUGCAGAGAACUGCAGCGAUGCCGGUGAUGGGUUGGAUGGAAGUGUGGCAUCUCCCAGCACGGGAGAAGAAGAUGAAACAGAUAGAGACAGACGAAACAACAAGAAAAGAGGAAUCUUUCCCAAAGUUGCGACAAACAUUAUGAGAGCUUGGCUUUUCCAGCACCUGUCGCAUCCGUACCCAUCUGAAGAACAGAAGAAACAGCUCUCCCAAGACACAGGUCUCACUAUACUGCAGGUCAAUAACUGGUUUAUAAAUGCCAGACGCAGAAUAGUCCAGCCAAUGAUUGACCAAUCGAAUCGCUCAGGCCAGAGUGCUCCAUACAGUCCAGAGGGGGCCGCUCUAGGAGGAUAUGGAUUAGAUGCACAGUCUCAUUUAGGUCUUAGGACAGCAGGACUUCAGGGAAUGUCGUCCCUGCCCACAGAUUACCCUGGGGCCCUUCUGCCCCAACCGGGAUACUCCCACGCUGGUCCAUCCUUGCACCCGUACCCCGGCCCCCACACUGCCAUGCUGCUUCAUCCGCCACCCCACAGCCACCCUGCUGAACCCCUCAUAGGACAAGGCCUUGACAUACAUGCCCACUAACUGAGAGCGGAGCAGAGAGGGUGUGCUGAAAAUGGGAUGGAAGGGUACAUUGUAAAUUGACUUUGCACCAAACCUUCGGGGCAUCACCACGGUCGACGCAUAAUGACUCUGAGAAUGUCUUAAAUGCACUGACCUGGCAUCAUAAAUGUAUCUAAAUGCUCCCAUGCAAUGCCCAUCUCAAAUGCCUGACAGACUUGUUACAUUCCUUAACCAUUUAUUGCUAUCUGAUCUCCUCAUGACAAUGCUCUGAAUGCACUGUAUUUAAUACAUCUAUCUACUAGUUUUUAUGCACACUGCUGCGUUUGAUUGAUAUACCCACGUCUUCCUAUGGCCUUAGGGGUGAGCUGAUAAUCUCCCUUAAUCUAACAUUAAGGCCUUCAUUGCCUUUCUUGCCUUGCCUCCGAAAACCCUCUUGAGGAGCACAAAUGGAAAAAGACAGCAUAUACCUCCUCAGUCAGGACCCAACAUGUGAGAAAGUCCUGAAAUAGUCUUCUGAGAUGAACAAUUGCACCAAAUCCUUACAACCUAACUGCUGAACAUGGUUAUUAAAAUGUAAGGGUGAAGCUCAUGAAACCAUGUCACGUUUCACCCCAAAAUCAAAAGAUAUUUUGCACAGGAAACCUAUUGUUAAAAGAGAAUUAGGAAUAAUUUUGCAUUGUGAUCUCAUUUCUAUGAAUUGCAUUUUCCACAAAAAUCUCAUUGCUGUAAUGCAUCUGGAUGUGUGUGUUUUUUAAAUUCAUAUUAUUCUUAAUAGUAAUUCUCAUUAGUUUCCCAUAUUACAAUGAUACAGUAAAAAAACAGUUUUUUUUGGAAGAAAAAUAUCAGUCUUAUUUUGAUUUUGGGGUGAAACAGAUAUCACAGACGUGUUCCUGGGAGAUUUUUUGAGAUUCACCUGUAAAAUGUCAAAGAGCCAAGAGUCUCUGUCUUCCUAGCUGAGGGCCAUAUACAUUUCUUUCAGUUCUUCUGCUAAGUCAGACUUACUUUUAGUUUAACACAUUAUUUAAUUAAAUUUUUAUGUUUUUUUUUGUAUUUAUCUGUGUCAUAACUAUGGCUACUCCGAAACUUUAAAGUUACAAUAAUCCGAGUGCCACUUUUUUUAAAAAUAUCUCGAUAUGAUAAAGAAGUGAAUAUGUUCUUCAGUUAUUUGAAGUUUAUGUGAAUGUUCACCUGCUGAGGUCCCGACAGGCACAUUUUUGGUUUGCUCUAAAGGACCUGACUCACAUUACCAUCAAUAUUUCACCCAAUUUCAUCACACGAAUGAAUACCAGAAUAUCUGACGAUACUUUUUGGAGAUUUGUUUGACUUCUUUGUUUUCUCUUUGUUUGAGAUCUUGGAAACCUGAGCUCUUUUUUGUCAUUCCCCUGUCUGCAUUAAAACAUAUUAUGUGACUGUUGAUAUAUUGAUAUUUCUGUUGAUAUACAAAAUAUUAAGUUCAAGCAUUGACAGUUUAAAUUUUAGGAAUUUAAAGUCAGUUUAACUAAUGACCAAUGCAUAUUUAAUUAGACACAUUUCUCAGUCCAGAAAUAUUUAUAAAGCACAACACAUCCAUCCCACAAAUGGAAAAGUGAGAUUUUCCUAGCGAAAAAAAACAAACAAAAAAACAAGUAAUCUAGUCAUUAAUUAUUGUUUGACUUAAAAUUCAAUGAAACAAUUAGAGACUAAAAAGAGAAGCCAUGUGAAUUUGACAGAAGCAACAUUUCAAGCAAUUUAAUAAAAUCACCAGUUUAUUUGUUUUUUGGCGUUUUGAGGGCAAUUUUUAUCUAUUGUAUUUCUUUAUUUAAAAUGUAUAAAAUACUGAAAUAAACUGCAGACAAAAUAAAAUAAAAAAGUUUCUACAUGUGG